AUGUCCAACCCUAUCCUCCUAGAGGCCUACCCCAAUGGCUACCAGACACCACCACCAAAUUCCUCUCACUCCGAAACGCCCUUCAUGCAUCCCGAGAAGUCAGAAAAGCAGCUCCCGCUGGACUUCCGCCAGCGCCUCCGCCAUUUCACCUGGGCCUGGUACACUCUCACUAUGAGUGCAGGAGGACUGGCCCUCCUAAUAGCCAACCAACCCAAUUCUUUCAAAGGCCUGCUUGAGAUCGGUCUUGCAGUCUACCUCUGCAACAUUCUGCUCUUUGCUCUAGUCUGCUCUCUGAUGGCCGCCCGGUUCAUUAUACACGGUGGAAUGAUUAGCUCUCUCACUCAUGAGCGCGAGGGCCUCUUCUUCCCAACAUUUUGGCUGUCCGUCGCAACAAUAAUCACGGGCUUGGAGAAAUACUUCGGAGAUAACCCUCAAAAGUCCUUCUCCACCACCCUCGAAGUCCUUUUCUGGAUCUACUGUGCCUGCACCUUCGCUGUUGCCGUGGUUCAAUACUCUUUCGUCUUCUCUGCACACUCAUACCGCCUACAAACCAUGAUGCCUUCAUGGAUUCUCCCCGCCUUCCCAGUCAUGCUGAGCGGCACCAUUGCAUCUGUCAUUGCCGAGCGUCAACCAGACCGCUCCGCCAUACCCAUCGUCACAGCCGGCAUUACUUUCCAAGGCCUCGGCUUCUGCAUCUCCUUCAUGAUGUACUCACACUACAUCGGCCGUCUGAUGGAAUCUGGUCUACCCUGCCGUGAGCACCGCCCAGGAAUGUUCAUUUGUGUCGGCCCACCCGCUUUCACAGCGCUUGCUCUCGUCGGCAUGGCACGCGGUCUGCCAUCGACAUUCACCAUCAUGGACAGCCAAGAUACCGCUGCCGACGGGCGCAUGCUAGAAAUUCUAGCCCUUGCCGCUGGAGCUUUCCUGUGGGCUUUGAGUCUCUGGUUCUUCUUCAUUGCUGCUAUUGCUGUGAUCCGCUCCCCACCUACCUCGUUCCAUCUGAGUUGGUGGGCGAUGGUUUUCCCCAACACCGGCUUCACCCUUGCCACUAUUACCCUUGGCAAUGCAUUCUCCAGUACUGCUAUCAAGGGCGUUGGCACGGCCAUGUCUAUUUGCAUUCUUUGCAUGUUCCUCUUUGUCUUUGUCAGCCAUAUUCGGGCUGUCUAUCGCCAGGACAUCAUGUAUCCUGGAAAGGAUGAGGAUGUUUCCGACUAA